AAAAGUUAUACGAUACGAUUUUCGCCAAUUAGAAAAUAUAUUUUGAUAAAACAGUACUGUUUUACAUAUUAAUUGCAAAAUGUCUAACCCAAAAGACCGCGAAGAGCCUGUCGUGCUCGCCCGCCAGUGCUACAUGAACAAGGAUUACUCAUCGGCUCUCCAGCACCUAAAUGAACUAGAAUCUCUGGCUGGCGCCAACAAUAAGAGGAUUCAGCACAACAAAGCCGUCGUCGAGUUCAUGGCUGGCGAUAUGAGGAACGUGGACAAGUUCAAGAAGGCCAUCACGCAAAUUACGGGGGUUACUUUUCCAGAAGUUGACUCAAAAGAGUCAUCUGCCUUCGCGUUGUACAACUACGCCGUCAUUUUGUACCAUUCACGCUACUACUACCAAUGCGCUGUAGUGUUAGAGAGGCUACUCAACUCAAAAAACGUUAAAGACACUAAACUGCACCAACAGAUUGUACUACUUAUGAUGGAAGCUACACUUUGCCGCAGAACAUUCAACAAGACCUUGGAUGUAGCCAACAAUCAUGCUGAAUUAAUGAAGUCAGAUAGUGACAUUAACAAUAUGUUUGAAAGACUGGUUAGCAGAGCAAAACUUCUACUUGGACAGAAAAUAAAACUAACUUUAACUGCAGACUCAAUUGAGAAUAUUUUUGUAAUUGCUCAACAGCAUUAUAUUAAUGGAGACAUGAAGGAAGCUGCAAAUACUUUAGGACAGUACAAGACACUUAAAUAUAACUAUGACUUGAAAACUCAGGGUGAAGACAUCUGGGCAGCUAUUAAUAAUAACCUCGGAGUUAUUUACAUGUCAGUGAAGAAGCCGUUUUUGGCAUCAAAGUAUUUUCAACAUGCUGUUAAAGAACACUUUAGAGCCAUGGAGAGUGAUGACAGUGAGCGUCUCAUAGCCUGCAAGGAUAGACCGCUGUAUGUUUACAACUUAGGUCUGGCAUUACUGGCAGCAAACAACUCGGAAGGAGCAUUUGAGUGUUUGGUGGAAACAGCCCGCCACUACCCUAACAACCCUCGAAUAUGGCUCCAUCUAGCCGAAUGCUGCAUCAAAAAAUGCUGCAGUGAUGAAGCUCAGCAAUUCGCAGUCAAAAAGCUAGGCAGCGGCUCACAUACCAGGAUCCUCUUCACAAAAGAUGUAAAAGAAAAAUACUCAACCAGUGGAGAGUCAUUUGCUAUACCCACAUUAUCUUUAGAAUUUGCAGCUCUCUGCUUAAGAAAUGCUAUAACUUUACUGCCAGACCAAGAACCUACAAUAGAUGCAACACUGCCAGUAGUACAAGCUCCUCCAGGACCACCGAUUAGCUGGAAGCAGUGCUGCGAAGUCAAGAAUUCUGUGCUAGUUUUACAGAGUUAUGUAUUACUGCACAUGCAAGAUCCACUCUCAGCCUUGAUGAGUGCUACAGAGCUCCUGAACCAACCAGAUGUCUCUAACAGCCAUAAAGCCUGGGCCCACAUUUACGCAGCCGAAGCUCUCAUCAACUUAGACAGAAUAACAGAUGCAGUGGAGCAUCUGAAUCCACAAAUGAUCCACGAACUAGUGUCCGUCCUCCCAUACCAGAUGAGGGACAUGAUAGCAGUCUCCGUGUGGGCCAAGGCAGCAGUUUGCCACAUUUUACGAGGAGAUCUGGUCACAGCUAGGAAGAUUUUACUACAAAUAAACUCUCCUAGAGUUUUACCCCUGCAAAUGUACUUAGAAAUAUGUACUGGUAAUAUAGAAAACUGUCACACAACUUUGCGAAAGUUGAGAAGUUUAUCACAAUGAUUUUCUCGAGUAUACUGUAUUUAUUACAAAACAAAUUUGUAUUUUUAUUUAGUUUUAAGAAUAUAAUGGAAGAAGGAAGAUAAACCUUAGUAGAAGCUAU